AUGUCUCGCCGUGGUGUCGGUCUCGGUGCCUUCGCAAACCGCAACCAAGCGACACAGUCCUACGCUACGCAUGGCGCCAAUCUCCGUUCUACGCAUUUAGCCUCCCUCCAAACCCAGCUCUCGGUCUUCCAAUCGUUGCUACAUACUUUUGCUCUAGAGCAUAGUUCCACGAUCAAAUCGAACCCGACCUUCCGAGCCGAAUUCGCGCGAAUGUGCAAUACUAUUGGCGUGGAUCCCUUGGCCGCUAGCAACGUCAAAGGCAAGGAUGGUCGGCGGGGAUUGGGCGAGGGAGGCAGCUUCUGGACGCAGAUCAUGGGCGGGGAUAUGAAUGACUUUUACUUUGAAGUUGCAGUUCGAGUCGUCGAGCUCUGCCGCGAAACCAGGAGUGAGAAUGGAGGGCUGAUUGGAGUGGAGGAAUGCCGCAAGCGAGUGGGCAAAGGAAAAGCGAUUGGGAGUGGCCUGGAGGUUUCAGAAGAUGAUAUUCUCCGGGCAGUUCGAUCUCUCGAGCCCUUAGCCUCCGGCUUCUCAAUCGUUCGCGUCGGUUCCAAACAAUACAUUCGGUCCAUUCCCAAGGAACUGAAUACUGACCAAGCGACCGUGCUGGAAGCUAUUCAAGUCCUCGGAUAUGUGAGUGUUUCAAUGCUGCGUCUCAAUCUGACCUGGGAAAAGGCUCGGGCACAAACUGUAAUUGAUGAUCUUGUGGCCGAUGGUCUUGUUUGGGUGGAUGCCCAGGGUUCGGAGAAGGAGUACUGGUCGCCCCAGAACUUGUUGGAUGACAGUGGAUGA